AUGCAGGUUGAGCAGAAGGAACAGGGUACUUUCGAAAUGUGGAGUAUCGCUUAUCCCAAGAUGUUGCAGCAACUCGAUGUACGGUACCUAUUACCAAAGCACUUGACCGGCGGGAUGAUGUCGGUUGGAGUCGGCUUGCAAACCAGUCCCAGUCUGGACUUAGCUGCCAUCUGGUCAAAGCGCCGCAUCGUCCUGGACUCGGCGACUCGAGCGUGCAGCGUGCUGAAAUCUUCGGGAUUUGUGAUUUUAGCGCCAUUCCGUCGGUGGUACCUCAAAUCCCAAGACCUCCAAGGAUUCUCGGCGGAGCCCCUGAUAGACGAAUUUCGACAUUGUUAUUCGUGGACUCACGAAACGAAAUAG